CCUGGUGCAGCCCGACGGCGCCAGCCUGCGCUACAACGACUACGCCUGGAACCAGGUGGCCAACGUGCUGUACCUCGAGUCCCCCCUGGGCGUGGGCUUCUCCUACUCGGACGACAAGCAGUACACCACCAACGACACCGAGGUCGCCCACAACAACUACCUGGCCCUGAAGGAGUUCCUGCGCCUCUUCCCGGAGUACUCCAAUAACGACCUGUACCUCACCGGCGAGAGCUACGCCGGGAUCUAUAUCCCCACGCUGGCGCAGUGGGUCAUGCAGGAUCCCAGCCUCAAGCUCAAGGGCCUGGCUGUGGGCAACGGCCUCUCCUGCUAUGAGACCAACGACAACUCCCUGGUCUACUUCGCCUACUACCACGGCCUCCUGGGAACCCAGCUCUGGCAGGACCUGCAGACCUUCUGCUGCUCGCAGGGGAAAUGCAACUUCCACGACAAUCGUAACCUGAACUGCACACUUAAGAUGACGGAAAUGAUCAAGAUCGUGGAUGAGUCUGGCCUGAACAUCUACAACCUCUACGCCCCAUGUGCUGGUGGCGUCCCUGGAGCCUUCAGGUAUGAGGGGAGCCAGCUUAUCACCCACGACCUGGGCAACUCCUUCAUCAGGCAUUCCCUGAAGUUCUCCUGGAAGCAGAACCUGCUCCAAAUGGCAGUGGCCAAGAAAGCGGUUCGGCUGGACCCCCCUUGCACUAACACAACUGCUAUCAGCAACUUCCUGAACUCCCCCGAAGUGCGGAAGGCCCUGCACAUCGCCCCAGAAGUCCCCAAGUGGCAGCUGUGCAACUUUGAGGUGAACCGCAGCUACAAGCGCCUCUACACCACGAUGAAUGACCAGUACCUGAAGCUGCUCAGCUCAGGGAAAUACCGGAUCCUGGUGUACAACGGCGACGUGGACAUGGCCUGCAACUUCUUGGGGGAUGAGUGGUUUGUGGACUCCCUGGGCCAGAAGGUGCAGGUCAACCGCAGGCCUUGGCUGUACAAAGAUGGGGGCGUGGACCAGAUCGGGGGCUUCGUGAAGGAAUUCACCAACCUUGCCUUCCUCACCAUCAAGGGGGCCGGGCACAUGGUGCCCACGGACCAGCCGCAAGCUGCCUUCACCAUGUUCAGCCGCUUCAUUCACCGCCAGCCGUACUAGCAGCCGCAGAGCAGGGUUGCGUUUCCUGCGCUGAUGCCUGGUGCCCCAGCCCUAGGCCCUUCCCUGCAGUUGGCCACUCACGGUUUGAUGGCCACAGAUACGGGUUCCCAACGGCGCUGAGGCUCCUGUUUUCCUCUGGUUUCCUGGCAAGGGGCACCAGACUCUGCUUCAUUCCUGACACCCCCCCCACCAGUGCUAGGGGUCUCAACCCAGCUGCU